AUGAUAAUGAGAAAUGGAGGAUGAACCUGCGAAUGAUAUUCUGAAGGACAAAACAAGCACAGUCCUGCAUCAAUGAGAAAGAUGUGGGUGUUUAUAUCUGUGACGUUACUCACAUGCUUCAAAGAUUCUCUCCCCCAUUUGAAUGUUUGUGGGCGUCGACAUUUAAGUGCUCGUAUUGUGGGCGGGGAGGAUGCACCUAAGGAGGCGUGGCCAUGGACAGUUAGUCUUCACAGCCCCAGAUAUGAAGGUCAUUUUUGCGGUGGUUCCUUGAUCAGCAGUGAGUGGGUGCUUUCGGCUGCUCACUGCUUCUCCAGUGUCAUCACGUCAAGUGUGCUCGUGUACUUGGGAAGAAGGACGCAACAGGGAGUUCAUGACCAUGAAGUCAACAGAACAAUCAGCGAGCUCUUCAUUCACCCGUACUACAGCAGCGACAACUACAACAAUGACAUCGCUCUCCUGCAUCUGUCCGCUUCAGUCAGCUUUAACAAAUAUAUUAGACCUGUGUGUUUAGCAGCAGAAAACAGCAGCUUUCCUUCAGGCACCAGCAGCUGGAUCACAGGCUGGGGACAAACAGCAGCUGGAGUGAAUUUGUCUCAUCCCGGGACUCUGCAGCAGACUGUGGUUCCAGUGGUAAUUAAUUCAGAUUGUAAUAAUCUGCUUGGUGCCUUCAUUACAGACAACAUGAUGUGUGCUGGUUUACUGCAGGGUGGAAAAGACACCUGCCAGGGGGACUCUGGUGGUCCGAUGGUCAGUCAGCAGUGUUCAGUGUGGGUUCAGUCUGGGAUCAUCAGCAGAGGUCAUGACUGUGGUCAACCCUAUGAGCCUGGAGUUUACACACGCGUAUCCCAGUAUCAGAACUGGAUCAUGAGCUGCAUCAACCAGAAUCUUCCAGGAUUCAUCACCUUCAACCCUCUGAACUCAUGCUUCUCUGUCAGCCAAAGUUGCACAGUAGGCUCCUGCAGUCUUGGAGGGCACAUUUCUCUGCCCAAUUUGCAUGUGCCUCCGACCUCACCACCCUUGAUGGUGAAGCAGCCAGGGGGUAAGAGUCGAUUCCCCAGACUGAGAGUGACAUUGCGGGCGCGCGUGGUGCCUCUUCCUGGUGGAGUCAGCCUCGUCUCCUGUGGAAGGUGUGUUAGUUAUCUGCCUCCUUCGGAGCUAGAGCCCACACAGCCGCGGGCCAGGUUGCUUCCACCCUGCAUGCUAGGGCCACCUACCAGUGCUACCAAGCACAGGCGCACAAGGGUGGUUCCGACCCAGCCUUGUUAUGAGCCCCGCACCGCAACUGACAGCUCUACAGACCACAAGUCCGCUGCGUGUGCCCUGGAAAGGAUGAUGGCCACGUUUUGCCUUCUUAACUUACCCAUAUCGCAGGCUGGCCUGUUCAGCGACACGUCGGUGGAUUCACUCAGGAAUUCACGGCGGUGCAGUCGGAUGCAAUGGGCUGAGUCAUCUAUUGGCGAGGAUCGGUGCACUUCGCCAGUGGCUCGCGAGAUCUGGGAGGACAUGCCCCAGCGCUCCCUGGAUCAGCCCUCCCACUCCGUGCUGCCCCACUGCUGGUACAUCAGCAAUCGUAGUGAUGAAGCCAUUAGCGAAGGCUCUGCCUGCCUGGUUAGCGCAGGCCAGCCCUUGCCCAGCCUGGCAGUACAAGUCCUUCCCUUCGGGCUCUCUCUGUCUCCGUGGGUUUUCACCAAGCUCGCCGAGGUGAAGAUGUGGAGGAAAACCUGUGUGAUUUUGCUCCUGGUGAUGUGUGUCAGAGAUUCACUUUCUCAACCAGAUGUUUGUGGACGUCCAAACCCCAAUUUUAACCCUCGUAUUGUGGGUGGUGUGAAUGCAGUUGAGGGCGCGUGGCCGUGGAUGGUCAGUCUGCGUAGGAGUGGUGGUCAUUUUUGUGGCGGCUCCCUCAUCAACAAUCAAUGGGUGCUGACAGCAGCUCACUGCAUCACUGGUGAAACCACAUCCAGCAUGCAUGUGUACUUGGGAAAGUGGAGACGUUAUGAAACUGAUCACAAUGAAAUCACCAGAACUGUCAGAGACAUCAUUCCACAUCCCUCCUACGAUAACAGAACUAAUGAUAAUGACAUCGCUCUGCUGCAGCUGUCAGCUACAGUUCAAUAUACUGACUACAUUAAACCCAUAUGUCUAGCAGACGAAAACAGCAACUUCCCUCCUGGCACCAGGAGCUGGGUCACAGGCUGGGGCCGUAUUGGCGUUUCGGGCACAGGUGGUAUAAUAGGCCGAACCACAGUGUCUGUUCCUUUACCUCAUCCUGGGAUUCUGCAAGAGGUUGAGCUUAAAGUGUACAGUAAUGAAAAAUGCAGUAAACGUUGUCAGGGACCCAUCACCCCCAACAUGAUUUGUGCUGGUACACAAAGUGGAGGCAAAGGAACCUUUUAUGGGGACUCUGGUGGUCCACUGGUGAGUAAGCAGUGUUCAGUGUGGGUUCAGGCUGGUGUUGUCAGUCAUGGUUAUGGAUGCGCACAGCCCAAGAUUCCUGGUGUGUUCAUGCGCGUCUCAGAGUAUAAACAAUGGAUUACAGACAAUAUUGGUAGAAACCUGCCUGGAUUUGUCCUCUUUGACCCAAGAUGUUCUCUUCGCAAAGUUCUCGAUAAAGUCUUCUGCUGUUUUGGAUAACAAAAGCUGCUGCACUGAUUACGUAUAUUGAUGCUCUGGUUAAUGUUCUGGAAGAUGGAGGAUCCUCAUCAAGGCUUUACCUGCACACCUGCCUGUCACACUUCCUGUCUGCUGUCUGUGAAACUCUUCUGGCCAGUGUUGAUCCGGAAACUCUUAAAUUUCUGUGGAAUUACAAAUAUAAAACAGCUCUUGGUGCAAAAAAAGCUUUUAAAAAGUACAACAUAAUGUGACAUCUUCUGUUAAACUGUUGAUGAAUUAUGAAAAUUGCAAUAUGGAAGAUUACACAUGAUUGAUUGAAACAUGUUAGAAAGAGGGCUUGGCUUUG